UGAGUCGCUGUACUCGGUCCGUCCAGCAGAGGGCGAUGGUGGGAGCAGCUCCCCGCUGCUGCUGCUCCCGAUGAAGAAGAAGCAGUUCCGCUGCUCCGCUCUGUCACAGCCAACACUAUCCUACAGCGAGAGAGUCAGGAUGGCAGGCCGUCGUGUAGCCCUGAAGGCCCUUGAUUGGGUGGCGUUUGCUGAGCGGGUUCCACCCAACCAGAGGACCAUGUUCAAUGCACUGAAGACUCGCAGUGAUGCCAUUGCUGCCAAACUAACUUCCCUGCCAGAGACUCCUGCAGCCAUUGACUGGAGUUAUUACAGGGGUGCAGUGGCCAAAGCUGGCAUGGUUGAUGACUUUGAGAAGAAGUUCAAAGCCCUGCAGAUCCCAGAGCCUGUUGACACACAGACGAGUGCCAUCAGUGCACAGGAAGCUGAAUCUAACAAAAGUGCAGAAGCCUACAUUGAAGCAUCUAAGGCCCGCAUUGCUGGUUAUGAGGCACAGUUGUCCAAGUUCCAGAACAUGAUCCCCUUCGAUCAGAUGACCAUCGAGGACCUCAACGACACCUUCCCCGAGACCAAGUUGGACAAGGUCAAAUACCCCUACUGGCCCAACAAGCCCAUUGCCGAUCUGUAAUCCUGAUACUGGACAUUUACCUCACAAUAAAAUAACGUAUUUUAAAAGAAAAA